CGUUUGUCGACUGAAGAACCAUCCGUCAAAAUUCUAAUUGCAAAACUCCCUAAAAUAUGGGGAAGGGAAUUGUGCUGCUGCUGGCACUGGUCGUGCAAGUCGUAUUGGGUGCUCUUGGGAAUGGCGAUGUCUACAUACGCGUCAAAUCCAAGGAGCGGACUCUGCCCAGGAUCUACGAGAAGCUCAGCGCCUCUCAGUGGACAAAACUGAUCAACACCAACCAACCCUCAGCUGACAACCCCAAUGCAAACCCAAUUAUCCAACCAAAUGUCGCGGGAACUGCGUCUGCCUUCAGCAAACAAGCGGGCGGCUCGUUGGCUUCCUUGGGCCAAUUCCCGUGGCAAGCUCUAAUCUACAUAGACAGCGCAGUGCUGUGCGGCGGCUCCCUUAUCCUUUCGCAAUGGGUUCUCACAGCUGCUCAUUGCACCGGGCGCUCCUAUGACGUUAUCCUUGGCACCAUUAGCCAAAGCUUGCUCACUCCAGGCUACCUUCGGUUUACAUCAACAGUCAAUUACACGCACGAACAGUACAAUGACACCAACCUCAACAAUGACAUUGCCCUUAUAAAGUUGCCAUCUUCUGUGAGCUUUACUGCAAGUGUCUCGCCAGUGAAGCUGCCGUCCUUGUAUGAUGCCACUAAAAACCUUACAGGUACCCUGGCCACUGUCAGCGGCUUCGUCUCCUCUUCUUCGAGUCGUGACCUCAAAUAUACACAAGUCACGGUUAUCAGCUAUCAGUCUUGCGCCUCUUACUUCGGCUCCUCAUUCGUUGCAUCGUCUAUUAUUUGCUCCAAACAAAUAGAUACCUCCAUCUGUCAGGGUGACAUUGGUGGACCACUGGUGUACAUAGACUCUAACAAAACGUGGGUGCAGAUCGGCGUGAUUUCGUUCGGUUCGUCCAGCGGAUGUAUUGCAGGCUUCACGAGGGUCUCCUCUUUCCUAGGCUGGAUGUCGGGAAAAAUCGGACAAGAUUUGUCGGGAACAACUACAAUAAAUGGAGGGAUUUCGCCCACCUCAACCCUUGUGGCUACCUCGUCCUCAGCCAGUUCCGCUAAUACGCCAACAAUUGCCUCAACGGAGGAUUCUAGCAGCACCAGUCAGACUUUAUCGGUAACUCGCAUACCGACAACUACAAAGACUAGUACUUCAAAGACGACGACAGCAACAAAAAGCACCCAAAAGCCGACGACAACAACAAAAACAACUACUCAAAAACCGACUACAACAGCAAAAACAAGUACCCAAAAGAUAACAACAACCUUGAAGACUGCUACUAGAAAGACCACCAAUCGUUUGGCUCAAAAUCCUCAAAAGUAGACAUUUUCGGUUUCUCUCUUUAUAUAAUAUCACUUUCCGAUUAAAAAAUAACCGUUUCUUGCAUUUCUUCUGUACUCGCGCAAAGAUUCUCGUCUUUGAGGUGAAUAAUCGUUACAUUGGUAUCUUUCUCGAGAAUCCCUUAAUUGCGAAAAUCGUAUUAGGAGAAGUCCAUUUACUAUAAGAUGGAUGUUUUAAUUCCUUAUACGUAAUUUCAUUGCAGCGUAAAUUAAUAUUUGAAUACUUUUGGAUACUGGAAUAUGGAAGAUUGAUUUAAAUUUUCUUUUUAAACAUAUUAUGCUGGCAAAUGGAUUA